AUGAUGCGCAUUAAAAGUGUGGUAGCUUUCUGUGCUUCAUCAUAGUUUCCCUUUUCUAGAGACCAGCUGCUCCAUGCUGGCCCUUAUUUCAGAUGGGCUUAUACAAAAAUAGUGUAUUUAGGCCUACAUGGGGUAAAACCCAGCAUUGCCCUGGAUUUUGGAUGAGCACAAUUCUGUCCCUUUAUGGGAGGCUGAGGGAGGGACUGUUUCCAGUCUGUGCCACCCCUGGCCGCCUUGUGGGUAACGUGUUGCCUUUGUUGUGCAGACAUUUUAUUUUCUUUGCCUGAUCCAUUUGACAGAGAUUGGCACUUGUGUGGCUGCUCCUUAGUUACGGUAGGAAAGGGGCAUAAUUUUGGAGCGGCCGCUGUGAGCAAAGCUGGGAUGUGUCCUUCCCAUUGGAACUGAUCGUGAUAUGGAAGCAACAACUGGUGUGGUUUCGAAUCACUUGUGUGGGAUCCAGGCCUCUUUCUAGAGGAAAGCAGUUCCGUUUGGAAGCUGUUAUAAUUGUGGGGACAAAAAGAGGCAGAAGUAAUGAGCAGCUUGAACUUCAGAGCUGAAGUGAAGGCCCCACUGGGCUGUCAGGGCAAUGGCAUGGAAGGGGGGUAUCUCCAUCUCUACAUCUCAGUGGUGCAAAUAGACCCCCUCUAUGCCUGUUGUUGGCUGCCACUUAAAAUGGCUGCAUUCUACUUGAUUCUGGAAAUGUUAGUCAGGCUGGACUCCUUGACUGCAAUAGGUUGCUUGGGACAUGUGCCUCCGUUCUCAGAUGGUGGGCCAUUGUGAUGUGCUCCUCUUUGGAAUGUGGCUACCUGUGUGUCAGGAAGCACCUAUUGGUUAGUGUCUGUGACCUCACUGACAAUGAGAAGCCUGCUGGGGUCUUUAGACUCAGCUGGCAAAGACGGAUUCAGAAAGGAGCUGGAACUGAAAGGCAAACUGUCCCCUUCUUCUCACAUGGAAUAUGCAUCUGCAGUUCAGAUUUGAACCGGUUCUGAAACUGAAUUAUAUACAGCUCCACAAAACAACUCCAGAACAUUGUGAGUGACAAAAAAAAAUCAUGUUUUCAUAGAAACACAACGGCUUUGCAUUAUAGAUAUGCAAGGGUACACACACACACACAGAGAGAGAGAGAGAGAGAGAGAGAGAGUCUGACAGAGGAUCUUCAGACUUUACUUUGAGACUUUGGUCCCAUUUACACAGUGCUUCUUCAGUGUGUUUUGUGAGUCCCCAAUUCAUGCAAGAUUCCUGCACUGCACGUACACCAGUUGAAUCUAAUUCCUUUGUCACAAUGCAAAUAAUUGCUUCACUGCUGCUGAUAGCUGAAAGAGCAAGACUAGUCAGUUCCCCAGGAGCUGGGGGGUAGGUUUCAGGAACUAAUGGUAGCAAUUAUAUAGCUGCCACUCUAGGUGCAGCCAUGGAGUCUUUAGACAGGCACUGUUUCUUGCAGGUAAUGGCAGCAGUGUUUCUCAUAGGGUAGCAGGGAGAAGACUUCUCAGUUUAGGUCUUGAAAUAACCCUUCACUAGGCACACUUGCAGCUUCUGCCUGGAUAUGUUAAUUUAGCAAAGAAAAUGUGCUUGCAUGCCUAUUCUUGAAAUACUUGUGCAUUCCAUAUGCAAAAUGGAAUUAUGCAAAACCGUGAAUUGCAAAAUUAGGAAGGAACUUCCUUUUGACAUUUUUUUAAAUCUGCAAAACAGUCAUUUAAAUUACAGGAGAGGCUUAAUCCCUAAACCACAGUAAGGCAACACUUUUAUCAACCCUCCCCCCAAAUGUCACAAAGUUGUGUGCAAGCUUUUGAGACUUGUGGGCUCAAUGUCAAAACAAAACAAGGCUGGGGAUGGAGGGGAAAUAGGAAUAGAGUGUGAUAAGUUAAGGACUGCAACCCUCAUUGGCUUCACCUGUUGGAUUUGGUGAUGGGAGUUGUAGUUCAGCAACAUCUGGAGGGCCGCAGGAUCCCCAUCCCUGAAUUGAGGCCUGCAGUUCGCAGCAAUUUAAACAUCCCUGUUUUUAUAGGUUUGACAUUGUUGGUUUGUAUUGCUUUCGUUUUGGCUGUCACUGCUUGCUGUGGCUCUUAGGAGAAUGGAUGCUUUUGGAAAUAGGGUUUCUGGAAUAAGGGGCAAUCACUCAUUUCUGUGGUCUGAAACAAUGGAUGGUCUCUUGAAAUUGAAAGGUGCCUGCAGAUUCACUGGUGUUGUUGAAGAGCUGUUCCUAAUUCUGCUUAUUAUUUUUAAAGGGGUCAUCUUUGGGAUGAUGAGUUCUGCCAAGGUGGGGAAUUGGGGUGUUUUCAUGCACGUUGUUGACUCACAUUUUGAAGACAGUGUUUGGGGUUUUCUGCUUCAGAGCUCUGUGUGUCUUGGGACAUACUUUUGGUCUUUCAUUCAGUCCUGGUGCAACUUCAUUUCAAAUACAGUGGUACCUCAGGUUAAGUACUUAAUUCUUUCCGGAGGUCCUUACUGAAACUGUUCUUAACCUGAAGCACCACUUUAGCUAAUGGGGCCUCCUGCUGCGCUGCCGGAGGCCGAUUUCUGUUCUCAUCCUAAAGCAAAGUUCUUAACCUGAAGCACUAUUUCUGGGUUAGCGGAGUCUGUAACCUGAAGCGUAUGUAACCUGAAGUACCACUGUAAAGACUGUUGCACCUUCAGAGGCAAUAAGAACUGCUUCUGUGGUUGAUGCAACAGUUCUCUGUGUGCAGGUAGUUGUUAUCUUGGCCCCUGUAAAGUGGAGACCUUUUUAUAUCCACAAGCUCUUAAAAUCUCUUGUAAGCUUUAAGCAGUUUUGCACUCUGUUACUGUUUUUUAUGGUGUGUUUAUUUACUUUUAUUAUUGGAUUUUAAGUUACCACUUCUUGCAAACUGCAAACUUUGUUGUAGGGCGGCCUAUGUAAAUACUAUAAAUGUAGCUCAGGGCCAGAACACAUCCCUUGCAUGAGAAAGGUCCCAGGUUCAAUGCUUGGAAUCUCCUUUUGCAGGUCUGCAAAAGACUUUUAUGAACUCUGGAGCGCUAUUGUCAGUCAUUGUCGACCAGCCUUUCCUAAGCAGCUGCAACCUUGUGUUCUCUGGAUGUUGUUGGACUACAGCUCCCAUGAGCUCCAGCCAGCAUGGCUUAAUGGCCAGGGAUGAUGGGAGUUGUAGUCCAAAACGUUGGAGGGCACCAGGAUGAGGAAUGCUGGUUUUAAAUUACCCGAAGCUCACCAAUGCUCAUUAAUUUGUCUCAUCCCUUUUAAAAGUAUUCUACUGACCAUUGCAAUGUUCUGUAGCAGUGAAUUCUGUUGCAGUACUAACAAUGAACUUUUCUGCAAACCCCACACCUUUUAAUACCGUGCUUCUGGUUGAAUCCUGAGCCUUUAAAAAAAUGUGCUUAAAUUUGGGGCUAGAAGUCCCAUAAUGAGCCCUGGCUCUGAACAGAGCAGAUUCCUUGAACUUGCCGAAACUUGUUUGCUUUUCAUAAUGCUGUCAUAAUGAGUUAGUAACUGGAGAUUUCCAAGGAAGACAUUGUUCUGUGACUUGCCAAUCAGAUUAUUGCCUUGGCACCCAAUGAAUUUGGAUGCAGGAGGUGCAGCUACAUCCAGCAUUCCUUGCAAUAUUGCUCUUCGUCCUGAGCCGUCCAUUAAUAAACUAUUUGUUUCUGAGAUUUAUUUCCUGCAUCACAUUUGUGACAGCUCUAAUCUGUUUCCCACUGGCACAAGGUAGGUACCGAGUAGUUAGUGCUUAUAUGUUCUAAGGCAGGGGUAGUCAACCUAGUGCCCUCCAAUUUCUGCUGGACUGAACUCCUAUCAGUCCCAGCCAACAUGGCCAGGGCUAAUGGGACUUGUAGUUCAACAGUAUCUGGAGGGCAUUGUGUUGGUUACUGCUGUUCAGUGGCUUCUGAAUCUGUAGAAUUUAUGUGAAAGGCCAUUACUUUAUGUGAAAGGCCAUUAACUUCUCUUUGUAGCCAUUCCACAAUAAGUACAUAGCUCCUUCUGCUUCUCUGGUCUGGGUAAAGUGUUUUCCCAGUCCAGCUCCAACAUUCUCCCCAGAGUUGCUUUUCAACUCAGUUUCUCAGGUUCCUGGGAGCUUUCCUGGGCCAUAUUGAUGCAUGGAUCUCUGCAGGUGCACUUAUCUUCAACAUUUGACCCUUCCUCAGUGAAGCUACUCUUCAGGAGGCACCAGCUGGGGGACCCCCAAGGGAGGUCCCUGAGGAAGGAGGCUCAGAGCCCAGGGAUUGGUGGUAGGACACUGUGGAGAGGUCAGAGGGGGACGAUGGGGAGGAGGUGCUGGAUACUGAAGGGACAACAAGUUUUAGCGAGCAGGAGGAACCUGUGACAGGAAGCAGGCUGAAGCAGAUGAGAAUCCCUGGAGUCUCCAUCUCCUGCUGUGAUAAGCUCCUCCACCCACUGGUCUCCAAGAAAUAAUAAGCAGGAUAAUGAGGAGACUGGAAGAGAGAACAGAGGUGCGCAGACGCAGUUUGAGACUGCUUGGGAAAUUCCUCCAGGAGCCUUGGAAGGGAUGGAAGGCAGGGACCUUCAAACUGCUUUAUAGAGGCAAGACCUACUGGGAUGUGCUGCCGAGUUCUGUGCCAUUUCCUUGAGUUAACUUCACUGCCAACAGAGAACCUUGUGCCUUUCGUGCUGACCUGCAUCUGACUCCAGCCCUGACCCUGCUGGGAGUAGUUUGUGCAUCUUGAUAGAGUAGAUUCAGGGUCUCCAGCUGUUUUUGGACUACAGUUCCCAUCAUCCCUGACCGCUGGUCCUGGUAGCUAGAGAUGAUAGGAGUUAUAGUCCAAAAUUAGUUGGAGACCCAAGUUUGGGAAACUCUGGAGUAGAGUAUGGGUGGGUGGGGGGAGCAGCAGGCCAGAGGUCUUCCAGACCUGUUCAGCUCUUGCUCUCCCCAGCCCAUGUUCCUUCGGACCACGCCCCUCACUGUCAUUGCUCUGCACCUUCCUCAGACUCUUCUUUGGCUGCAGUUAUGCCCCUUACAGCAGAGGCAGGUCUAGCGGAGUGCAACCGGUUUGGUCGCACCAGGCACAGGAAUUCUAGGGUGCUGGUGGCGCUGUGGGUUAAACCACAGAGCCUAGGACUUGCCGAUCAGAAGCUCGGCGGUUCGAAUCCCCGCGACGGGGUGAGCUCCCGCUGCUCAGUCCCUGCUCCUCCCAACCUAACAGUUCGAAAGCAUGUCGAAGUGCAAGUAGAUAAAUAGGUACCGCUCCGGCGGGAAGGUAAAUGGCAUUUCCAUGCGCUUCUCUGGUUCGCCAGAAGUGGCUUAGUCAUGCUGGCCACAUGACCUGGAAGCUGUAUGCCGGCUCCCUGGGCCAAUAAAGUGAGAUGAGCACCGCAACCCCAGAGUCGUUCACGACUGGAUCUAAUGGUCAGGGGUACCUUUGCCUUUACAACUAUGAUGCCCAAUGGAAGUCAAGAGAUGGAGGGGCUGCUGGAUUUUGACGUUGCACAGGGCUCCACUGAAAUUUGAGACACCAACGUCUGCCACAGCUUACACGGAAACACUUUUCUCAUUCCUGUUAUUUAUAAAUGCUAGUUUAGAUAUUUGUGCUUGGUGACACUUUUCUGCUGCCAUCCAUUCCCUUAGAAUGUUUUAAAGACUCCUCAUAGCCUAGAUGUGAGAUUGAAAUCAACACUGGAGACAGAAUGACUAAGGUGGUUUAUCAGGGGGAUGUUAUGUACAUAAGGGGACACUGGUUUUUAUUUUGGGGGUCUUAAACGUGCUUGGCGACAGUUUCCAAAGGGCUCAAGAGAUGUUGCUCACCCAGCUUCCAAGUGGCUUUUUGCCUUCGGUUCCCUAAACAUUCAAUCCAGUCAAAGUCACUCACAACCCUAUUCUGCUACUGGGGAUUAGGGCUGGGCAAUAUAUCAAUAUAUUGUCCAAAACCGGUUUGAAGUUCACAUUGUGAUAUUUGUUUCGGAAUUUUUGACCUGGCAAUAUAUCACUAUUCAUGGGGGUUGUUUAUGUGUGCUAUGCAAAAAUCAUGAUGUGGGAAAAGCCAUGAAGCCAGCCAAUGUCUCUGCAUAGCUCCAUCCUUAUUUCGGUAUCAUGAUACAGUCGUACCUCGGAAGUUGAACAAAAUCCGUUCCAGAAGUCUGUUUGACUUCCAAAAUGUUCGAAAACAAAAGUGCGGCUUCUGAUUGGCUGCAGAAAACUCCUGCAGUCAAUCAAAGGCUGCAAAAGGCCCUUUGGAUGUUUGGCUCCCAAAAGAAUGUUUGAAAACCGGAACGCUCACUUCCGGUUUUUGAUCGUUUGGGAGCUGUAACGUUCGACUUGUAAGGUGUUCGGGAGCUGAAGUAUGACUGUAUUGCGAUGUUUAGCUGAUGAUAUAUCAUGAUGUUGAAAACCAGAUAUUGCCCAGCCCUACUGGGGACAAUCUUCCCCUGACCCCAAAGCCCUUCCUAUUGUACUUCUGCCUACAUGGACACAGUUUAGCUGUUUCUUAAAGCCCAGUUGCGUAAUCUUCUGGUCAGACCUUUUCUCAAGGCUGCCUCUCAGCCUAACACAGCCACCAGCUUCCCUUCUUCUGUUCUUCACCAGCAACAGGUUAAUAUAAAGGCCUCAGCUAUCCACUUGUCCCUCAGCUUUCCCACCCCUCAUCAGCUUUAGCAGUUGGUGUUCUUUUUCCCAACUGACAGUUAACUUGCCCGUUCUUCACUGACUAGAACCUCCAGCCAAUCACAGCCUGUUAUUUCCCAGACCAACCAGAAUGAGUUUACCUGAUCCAGGUGACUCACUGUCUCUCUCCCUCCUCAUAGAAGCUGUCCCCAGACAGGUACUACUAACAGUAACAUAGCAGCCCAAGGCCUCAAACGUUUGGUACUUGCACUCUGACAUCAACAAGUAGAGGCAGCACCUUUUUGGCUUCUGCAAAACGCUGGAUUUGGGCUUUGCUGAAAGUGUUUGCUAUGAAGAGGCUGGAACUAAUUUUAUUAGUGCUCUGUCUCGGCAUCACGCAGUUGACUUCAGUUCACGAUUUCCAAAAGAAUUUGUAAAUAUUUCUCAGUAAAGUGCCAUCCCUUAUGUAUUUGCUUUACUCUGCUCUCCCUGCCACACGCUGUGAGUGACAGCGUAAAUGCCACUAAGGACUAGCAACCAUCUGAUUAAAUGAUUCUAAUCCUGUAACCAUCACCCUGUUCUCCCAACUUACACCUGCUUUUCACAGUUCUGUCUCUUUAAGACAAUAUCCUUCUUCCUGUCCCUAAGCUUCUGGUGCUGUAGCUUGCUUGACUGCCCUGUUGAUCCAUAAACACCGGAGUAACUUGUAACUGGAAAACACUUUAUAUUUACUUAUCUCUAUCUCUAGCAUCAGGUUUUUUGGCCCCUCUGGGCACCCUGGAGGGCUAAAGCAAUGCUAAGAAUAUAUGUUCGGUUUGGAAUGUUCUGUCCUAAUUUUGUUUUCUGAUUGGCUUGGGUAACCCUGUAGAGUUCUGAAUGCCACUCAAGUACAGACCGGUUUUGCUUGUUGCGCUUCACUCUCUUUCAGUUUUGUCUUGAACACGUUGUGUUGUUUUUUUAAGUAGAGUUGGUUUUUAGAAGACAUCUGAAGGCAGCCCUGUUUAGGGAAGCUUUUAAUGUUUGACAAAUUACUGUAUUUAAUAUUUUGUUGGAAGCCGCCCAGAGUGGCUGGAGAGGCCCAGCCAGAUGCGCGGGGUAUAAAUAAUAAAUUAUUAUUAUUAUUUGGUGUAAAAUACACUGUCCCCCCCCCCAUCUCUUUUCGACUGGUUGGCAGCUGCUCUCUAGAGUCUUGUGCAAGAAGAUUUCCCCAUCACCUACUGCCUGGUCUUGAAUGCAAAGCAUACACUGUAUCACUGAGCUAAAUAAGGUUGUGUUGCUGGCCAACCCAGCAAUGGAAUCUGCUAAGAAUUUGGGAGUGGGCACAUUAUCACAGAGGAUAGGGCUGUUCCAUCUUCACUGUCAGGGGCAUAGCAAGGAUUUUGGUUGGUGGGGCAAAAAGUUUGUUGAGCUUUUUUUUGGGGGGGGGUUGCCCCCUAAAGCUUCUGCUGGGGUGGAGCAGAGCCUCGGUUAAUUGAGUACUUUAAAUGCUUUUCAAUUUUUUUGUAGAUGGGGGGGAUCGCCCCCCACCCUGCCCCCUCGGCUACACCCAUGGUCAGUUGGGUUCAAGUCCAGCUUUCAAGCUUUUCUUGGCAUCAGUUUUGCCAUUGUUUAGGGGAGUUUUUAAUGUUUGAUGUUGUAUCGUGUUUUUAAUAUUCUGUUGGGAGCCGCCCAGAGUGGCUGGGGAAACCCAGCCAGAUGGGCGGGGUAUUAAUAAUAAUAAUAAUAAUAAUAAUAAUUAAUAAUAAAAUAAAAAAUGUGAGAACAAGAUGCUGAACUAGAUGGGCCUUUGGCCUUCUUAGAUUCUUAAAGGUAGGGAGAGGGCUGAGAGAUGUUCGCAGGGACUUCCGGGGUGGCACCACCGGCAAUGGCGGACUCCCUCUGAACUGGAGGGACUAGCUCCGCGGAAAACGGGUCUUCUCCGCUACGGCGAAGCAGGGACCCACUUAAAAAUCACAGGCGGAUGAAGCCUGUGACCAUGGGACUCGGCGGGCACCUUUAGCGCCCCCAACCCGCUAAGGACCCCACUCACGGGCUCCGUAGUGAAGAGGGGGAAGUGGCGCGGUGCUGUGAGUCAACUGCUACUUCCGUGGAGCGAAGCCGCAUAGCUGGUGCCGGAGAGCGCUGCCUUUGUCCUGGGACAAUUUGGACUUUAAAAUAAGCACCUGUGAGUACUUAGACUUUGAACAAUUGGACAUCAAAUAAGGACUUGCGAGUAGGAAAGAAUCGGACUUUAAAAAUUUAUUUGAAUUUGGUACGGAACGGGAAGGUCUAAACAGGAAGUCAUUCUUCCGUUCUUUUGUAAACAGAAUAAAGCAAAGGCAAUUUAAACUAGAGCUCAGAAAAUCGCUUUUAAAAGAUUGGAUUUCACCAUUUAAAAUUGUGGAACCCCCCUUCGACAGCAGGAGAAGGGGGGGAUCUUUUUGGACUGUUUAAAGUGACUUUAAAGUGAAGUAACUUUCCUCCGUCCUGAUCCUGGAGCGGGCUGUCAGGACUGACGUGUGAAGUUCAUUAACCAAAGACAAGUGUUUUUGACAGAUGGCUAAAAGAAGAGAAACCUAGUGAUUCCACUGUUCCCUUUCGCAUUUUAAAGGAUUAUAUAUGGACAAAGUAUCUUAAAAAGGAAACUUUGUUGCAAGAAUAAAUAGAAGUUUUCCCCCUAGGGGGAGUCUGUGAAAUUGUAACUGUGAAACUGUAACUAACUCCAGGGAGUCGACAGCUGUUACAGAUUACAACCGUGGGAACAAGUAUCUGACCUUGUAGGACAAUGUAUUCAGAAGCCUUGUUGUAUGCUCUCUAUAAAACAAACGAUCUACUGGAACAAUUACACGAGAAGGUGAAUUGGAUGGCGACUUCGACUAGAAAUUUUGAACAGGCAGUGGGAAACUUUGAACAGACAGUGGGAAAAUAUGUGAAGCCCACUCAGGAUUUAAAUCAGGAGUGUGUCUUGACAGAACAGGCCCAACAGGAAUAUGGAUUUUUGAAUUUGACAAAUGAACUUGGAAAAAGCCAUAUCUGGAAAGGAAAAGUUUGGCUUGGUUUGGAAAUGGGGGGCUGGAUUGACCCCCCUAUGCUGGGAUGUUUGGACUUUUCAAAUAUGGCAACGGGCCGUGAGAUGUUUGGGACUGUGGGGGCUCUCAAUUUUGGAGGGCCUUUGAAACAUGCCUUUAAAUACUACAUGAAAUUCAUUGUUGAACAUGGAAAAGGGGCUGAUCUGUUGAGAAGGGUUAAAAACAUUGUCAAGCUGGAGUUACCACGAGCAGGAGACAAGAGAAAAUACAGUUACAAAUAUGAAGAAGAGCCGCGGAAGGGUCAUGGAAGAGACUUGAGGGCCUCGGACAUAAGGUUGCCAGGUUAAUGGGCUAGAUUGACGGGAAUAAGGACUGACAAAACCCGGAACCAGGAGGAAGGGACGCUGGAUGAAGAUUGGAUUUGUUUAUACCUCUUUUUUCUACCAUUAGAACUGUUUUAUAAAAUUGAUGAAUGAUAGAAAAAUGUUGGAAUGAAAUUACUUGGUUUUAGCAAAGAUGUUUAAAGAAUUAUGAAAGAAUAUUAUGAUUAUGAGAAGUUGGUAAGGAUAAGAUUUAAGUUUUAAGUGUUAAGGUUUAUUUUAUUAUAGGAAGAUAAGGUCAAGGAUUUGCUGGGAUAAUUAAUAACUAGGAUACAAAGAAAGGGAGGAGGAGGAGGUCUAAGAAAGAAGGUAAUGACAGCUAAGGAUUUGAAAAUAAUGAAUUUGUUUUUAAAUGUUUUUAAAGUUUUGUGAUUUUUGCAUUCUUCUUUUUUUCUUUUUUUCUGUUAUUUUUUCUCAUUUGGAAUUUUUUCUUAUAUGGUGGGAAGGGGUUGUUUUCCCCCCCUUUUUUCUAUUUUGUCAAUCAUUUUUAUUUUUUGUACUUUUUUCUGCUUCUAUUUUUUUUUCUCCUUUGUAACAUUUUGAAAAACUCAAUAAAUAUCUUUAAAAAAAAAAAAGAGAGAGAGAGAUGUUCGCAGGGAAGCUUAAUCCAUUUGCCGCCUCAGCCUCUGGGAGAAGUGGUGCAUGAAUGGAACAAAUGUUCUUGUGAAUGGCAUAUAUAUAUACAGUUCCAUUCUGGUCCCAGGGUAUGGCCUCAAAACAUGUGAGGCCACCACUCUUGCCGAAGCUAAGCAGGUCUGGGUUGGGUCUGUUCCUGGAUGGGAGACUGCUUGAGAAGGAAGUACGUGUACACUGCCUUGGUUUGGGGGGAGAAGGCAUGGUGCGGGGAGCCAGGGUAUAAAUACUGGAAAAACUAGAAAACUAAAUGAAUUCUCUCCAUCUUCUUUCCUCACAAAGCUCUGCUUAUCCCUACACACCAAUAUGAAACCCACCACCAUGGAGAUCCUGCUGCUUCUCUUGGCUGGUAAAGUUCUCAGAAUUGUCCUCUCAUCUUCUGCUCCCUUCCCUUCCCCAGCCCCGUGAAGCUGGCACUGAAGCCGGUGCCUGUAUCUUAAUGCUAUUCAGGGCCAAUGAGAGCUGUGGGUGGGAUGCCCUUCCGCAACCUAACCAUGUUAGGCUUCUGCACUGCAAAGGGCAGCUGUGAGUAGGGAACUGAAAGCUGGGGAGCUGUAGUUAUGCUAUCAAAUUACAAUAACUCUUUUCAUUUUCUUCCGUAGCGUUCCCUGUCCUGGGGGCCAAUGAUCCUACUGGUGAGUAGCUGUUGGUACCCCAUGUUUGUUUUUGGUUAUUUUGUAUAUAUUGCUAUAGAUGUGGCACAGGGGCUCCUUAACAAGGAUGGAGAACCUGUAGUCUUUCAAAUGUUGGGACUUCCAACACCAGUUGGCAUGGCCAAUGUUCAGAAUGGCUCAGGACCACAAUACCUCGAGGACCAUUUCUCUCCAUAAGAACCAACCCAGACCCUGAGAUCAUUGUGUUCAAAGAACAGUCAGCAACACACCUGGGUUGUUAGAAGAGGGCUGUUUUGAGGUGUGAAUCCUUAGGACAGGAUGUUCUAACAUCUUUCUUCCUCUCUCUUCAGAUCCAAACAGCCCCUUUUAUUACGGUAAGUUUGAGUCAUUCUUGGCAGCACCGUAUAAUCCAUCCUGAAUCUUCUGGCCAAGAGCAAUUGUACAUAAACAGAUGGUGUACUUGUUUACAAUAGGAAGGACUUGCCAUGUUUCAUCUGUCUUGUGUGCAAGAGUGCUAAUCGUACAAUGGAACACAUCCACCCCAGCUCCUUGAAACCCUUAGUCCUAUUCUGUAUUUAUCCCCUGCAACUCCUGAUCACAACUACAAGUACUUUUAAAUGUUUCUCACUGAGUAGUUCCUUAAGACGACUCUUCCAUAACUCCCUGCCUAAUAAAAAUCACCAGAACAUCCCUGAUUGGUGGCUAUUGAGUGGGUGGGAAAGAGGUGUAUAGAUUAGUAGGAGAGAAUGGAGUGAAGAUGCAAGUAUCCUAGACAAGACCAAACCUCUCCUCUUUCCUCCUGCAGACUGGUACUCGCUGCGUGUUGGCGGUUUGAUCGUUGCUGGUGUACUCUGUUUUCUGGGAAUUGUUAUCCUGCUGAGUAAGUGAAUGCAGAAAUUUGUGGGGUGGGAGGGAGGAAGAGUUGGUUUAGAGGCUAUUGGCAAUUGCUUAUACAGUUUGGCUUCGCUCUCCCUUAGGUGCUAAAUCUGUGUCUGGGCUACACCACUGCAGUGCAGAGAUGUGUGAGCACCACCAAUUAUCCUUCCAUGCAGAAAACUGGCACAUUCUAUAGAAAGCUAGGCUUAGAACAUUUCUGUCAUAAGAGGUCUGUUCUGUGUGGAGGAGCAUGCAAUCCUAGGUGCCUUCACCCUGCAGGAUUUUAUUCAUUUGCAAAAAAAAUUACACUGCCCUUCAUGCAGAUCUCAAGGCAGAUCACAACAGCAAUGAAUUAUUAUUUAGUUAUUAUUCAUUGAAUGCAUACCCCAGCCUUCCUCCAAAAGGAGUCCUGGGUGGCAGCAUGAAGCGCUUCAGCCGCAGACACCCGAUUGAUUUAUGUAUGUUCAUUCAUGUAUAUUUUCAGUGCUGCUGUUCAGACAGAAUGGUUUCCACUGUGAGUCUGCACCCAUAGUAACAGCAACAGUAAAAUCAUUUUAGAAAAUGAAAUAGGUAUGCUGCUUCAAUUUGGGCUCAGCUUUAGAGAGAACCUUAUCGCUCACUGUCCAAGUACCCCUGCCGUCGUAACACGAUUUUUUUUGACAGAUAAUGAGUCAUGCCCAACUAAGUUAAAAUCUGAGUAGACCCAUUGAAAUGAAUGUACCCAAGUUAAUCGUAUCCUUUAAUUUCAGUGUGUCAGCUGUGAGCAUGACUAACAAUGGAUACAACUCAAUACGUCUAUUAUUUUUGUAUUUACUUACUGAGAAUGGCUUGGGUCCAAUAUUCUCUGCCUGCUAUCACAAGGGCGAGUUCCAACAUUGAGCAACAGAGGGAUCCAGUGCCAUGGAUUGCGCAAUCUAUAGUGCAAUGACGUUACCAGCAACCUGCUGUUGCAUUUUCUUGUGCAGCAUACCGUAUUUUUUGCUCUAUAGGACUCACUUUUUCCCCUUCAAAAAUUAAGGGGAAAUGUGUGUGCGUCCUAUGGAGCGAAUGCAGGCUCCUUGGCUUCAGCGAUAGCAACGCGAAGCCUCCGGAACGCAAAGGGAGCGCUCCCUCCGCGCUCCGGAGGCUUCGCGUUGCUUUCACUAAAGCCUGAAGGAGCUCCGUUUCUCCUGCCGCUUCGCUGAAGGGGCGCUGAGCAGAGAGGGGGAGAUUUUUUUUUCUUGUUCUCCCCCUCUAAAACAAGGUGCGUCUUAUGGUCGGGUGCGUCCUAUAGAGUGAAAAGUACGGUAGUUGCUCUGGCAUAAAGCAUUUCUGUAGUGGAACAAGUACUGUGUACCUUUUAAGUGACUUUAACUGAGCACUACAUUGGAUGCAACCCAUCAUCCUCUGGCAGAGUGAUUUUUGCUCUUCAAACAGAGCAGCAAAUGGAUAGUUACUUAAUUUAUUAUUGUCGUAUUUUUUACUACCAGGAGAAGCAGUUGUGGAAUAACUUGAUCAGCCUUGCCUACUGGCAGCCUUAACUUGGAAAGGAGGGGGCACUGUUUUGGGAAGGGGAACACAACAUGUCCCAUUUUGAGCCAGCUCCAUCACACAGAGAUAAUAAUAAUAAUAAAUAAAUUUUAUUUAUAUCCCGCCCUCCCCAGCCGAAGCCGGGCUCAGGGUGGCUAACAACAAUAAAACAGUACAAAAGUACAGCACAAACAACACUCUAAAAUCAUUCAUUAUAAAAUUAAUUAAUUCAAGCCACUGGCAACCAUUGGGCCAGAGCUCCGCAAAGAUUGCCGAGGGAGGGAGUCAGGCUGUGCCCUGGCCAAAGGCCUGGUGGAACAGCUCUGUCUUGCAGGCCCUGCGGAAAGAUGUCAAGUCCCGCAGGGCCCUGGUCUCUUGUGACAGAGUGUUCCACCAGAUCGGAGCCACGGCUGAAAAAGCCCUGGCUCUAGUUGAGGCCAGCCUAACCUCUCUGUGGCCUGGGACCUUCAAGAUGUUUUUAUUUGAAGACCGUAAGUUUCUCUGUGGGGCAUACCAGGAGAGGCGGUCCCGUAGGUACGAGGGUCCUAGGCCGUAUAGGGCUUUAAAGGUUAAAACCAGCACCUUAAACCUGAUCCUGUACUCCACCGGGAGCCAGUGCAGCUGGUAUAGCACCGGGUGAAUGUGAUCUCGCAGCGAAGACCCCGUAAGGAGUCUUGCUGCAGCAUUCUGCACCCGCUGGAGUUUCUGGAGCUAUCCAUAUAGUAUAUGGAGAUACCAUAUAUCAGAUCAACCAUUGGCCUCUGUAGCCUAUGGCAGCUUUCUAUAACUGGGAGCCCUGGUCUACAACUUCCCCCUGCCCCAUACUGGCUGUGGCUGAUGGAAGUUGUAGUCGAAAACAUCCAAAAGGCAGCCAAUUGGGGAAGGCUAGCCUAGAGUCUCUGUGGCUACAGCUCUCCAAAUAUCUCAGGCCGUGGUCUUCCUUGCCCACCCCUGCUCCCUGAGAUGCCAGAGGGCCAAGGCAGGUCUCACUUCCCCGUGCAAACCUUAUGCAAGACACCUGCAUUUUGUCAGCCGCUGCUGAUGGCUAAUUUGCCAAAUCCUUAUGCUGUUUUUCAUUCUCUCUUCCCAGGUGGAAAGUGCAAAUGCAAACCUAAGAGGAAAAACAGGUAUGAUGAAAUCGCUCCCAUAGGUCGUAGGGUAGCAGGAGGGAGAUGGCAGGCACUGUGGGUGGCAAAUUAAUAGGUGGCAAAUUUGAAGGGGUGUGAUUCUGGAGACAGUAAAGUCCUAUUCCCGCAAUCUUAAAACUGGAAGGAGGAAUGUUGAUGAUGGUCUGUGGCUUCAACCUUAUUAACUUGUCCUCUUCCUUUGUAGUGUCCACACCAUGCAAAAGCUCCCGCUUGCAGGUAAUUGCUCCUUUGGGGAUGGAGAAGUGAUGGGGGGCGGGUCUGCUGAAAAUGCCUUAUUCACUCCUGCUGGGGACAGCAAGGAUUAGCAUUUCUUGAAGUGGAUCGUGGGUGGAAUGUGAAGCUGCUGCUACUUCAGCCUGGAAGCCUGACUGGCUUCCAUCGCAUGCACCAGGCCAAUGGAGGACAGGGGUCCCAAAUGAAAUUUCUAAGCGGGAAUAGAUUUUGCAGCAGAAAAGAGAACCAUGCAAAUGCUUGCAGCAUCUGGGCAUGAAAUACCACAUGGCCAUUACCUCCAGAACUGUCAUGCAAAGAAUCCCAAUCCUGUGUUGCCGGUUAGAUAAAAGGGCUGUGUCCUGCCCCUCGUUGGAAUCCACCCUGUGAGAAGGGUAUUGUGAGGGAGACGAUGGGAGAGCUGAGGGGUGCAUUUAACUAUUUUGCCCUCUGGUGGCAGCUGCAGAGUGCUUGGCUGCAGCAUUGCCUGAGCAGGAGGUUUUUUUUGGCUUGCUAAAGAUGCCAUCAGAUCUUUGCCCUGAAGCAAAACCCGAGGUACAUUUGCAACGGCUGUGGAAAUAAUUACCCGUCCAUCGCCAUACGGUUCCAAAGCGGGUCACAACAAUGUAGAAUACUACAGUGGUACCUUGGUUCUCAAACUUAAUCCGUUCUGGAAGUCCGUUCCAAAACCAAAGCGUUCCAAAACCAAGGCACACUUCCCCAUAGAAAGUAAUGCAAAAUUGAUUAAUUUGUUCCAGACUUUUAAAAACAACCCCUAAAACAGCAAUUUAACAUGAUUUUUACUAUCUAAUGAGACCACUGAUCCAUAAAAUGAAAGCAAUAAACAAUGUACUGCAGUCACACAAUCAUUCAAUCAAUCAGUUGCUAAACUGGGUUCCAGAGAGUCACAAAAAAAAAAUGAACCGUGAAACAAAAAUGCAAAAUAAAUAGCAAAAACAGACAGACCUCAGCGUAACACUCAAAAUGGAAGUGUGGCACUCAAAUCGGAAGUGUACUACUCAAAAUGGAGCAUGUUCGGCCGAAAAAAGUUCACAAACCGGAACACUUACUUCCGGGUUUGCAGUGUUUGGGUUCUAAGUUGUUUGAGUACCAAGGCGUUUGAGAACCAAGGUACCACUGUACAUUAAAAACACUAUUCGCAGCAUUUGUAGAUUUUAAAGCAGCCUUUGACUCCAUCCCAAGAACUCGACUCUGGGACAAACUCAACAAAUCAUCCAUAGACCGACGUCUGCUGCUACUAAUAUACGGACUGCACAACUCUGAAACAAGUUACAGUCUGAGCUAGAGGAGGUCCCAAAAUAUAUGUAUCUCAAGUGCCAAAGGCAAGGUUGAAGAGAUGCCUUCAGCCUACAAUGAAGGCUGGAUAAUGAAGGUGCCAGGCACUCUUCUGUGGGGAGGGAAUUCCACAACUUAGGGGCUGCUCUGGAGAAUGCCUUCUCAUAAGACACACACACACACAAAAUUCUGAGGGCCGUGGAAUGACCAAGAGGGUCUCCUCUGCUGAUCUUAACACCUGAGAGGGUCUGUAGGGAAGGAGGGCGUCUUUUGGAUAUUUGGGGGCCUAAGUCGUUUGGGGCUUCAAACACUACAAUGAACACAGUGAAUUGGGCACAGAAGUGAACUGGUAACCAGUUACAAGGGUUGUAUUCACACACACACACACACACACACACACACACACACACAACUAAAGUGAAACUUGGAGGUUCUUUGUGAGGCAAAACAUUGAAGAACUUUUGAGGGAAGUGUGUUAAUAACACCAGUAAAAAUGGUGUGUGUGUGUGUGUGUGUGUGUGUUCAUGUGCACAUUUUGUUCAGCACAGGUUUUGGCAAAGGAAGGUAGACAGUUCUGAAUUCUGUUUUGGCAAGAGAAGGUAUCUUAAAUAUGCUGUGCUAUCUAGUUCUCCCUCUGACUAUCUCUCCUGUAGGAGAAACCAGUGAAUGCUGA